AUGCUGCAACCGAAUAAGUAUGUGCUGUUGCCUCAGGAAGCACAUAAACCCCAAGAACACUUUGGUGGUGAUGACGACAUACACCAAGAUAUCCCACUACAAGAUCUUGCUGACAUAGAAUCGCUCGAUUUCGAAAAUAGUAUACAGCAAGAGCAGGACUUAGAAGCAGCAUCGAUAGAUCAAGAAGGAAGCGGGACUUCCAAUAUGAAAAUGGCGUUCAUGAACAUGGCCAAUUCUAUCUUGGGUGCGGGUAUCAUUGGACAACCGUUUGCGUUUAAGAAUAGUGGCGUGCUAGGCGGUGUCCUUGUGAUGAUAUUUUUGACUGUUCUUAUCGAUUGGACUCUCAGGUUGAUUGUCGUGAAUGCACAGCUAUCUCAAACACGUUCAUACCAGGACACGGUAUACUUCUGCUACGGCAAGUGGGGCAAGAUACUUUUGCUUUUCUCGAUCAGUUCGUUCGCCUAUGGUGGCUGUAUGGCUUUCUGUGUCAUUAUUGGUGAUACCAUCCCUCAUGUCCUCAAAUCUGCGCUUCCUAAUUCAUGGACAGAUCCUGAUACUUCUAUCAUCGGCUGGAUGUUCGGCCGUAACGUUAUCAUUACUAUUUUUACGGCUUGCAUUUCAUACCCUUUGUCACUUAACAGAGAUAUUUCGAAGCUUGCAAAAGCAUCUGGUUUCGCCUUGUUGGGAAUGUUGAUCAUUGUGGUCGUUACCGUUGUUCGUGGACCGAUGGCAGACUCCUCUCUCAAAUCUUCGUUGUCAAAGGGGGAAUGGUUUUUCAGCGUGAAUAUCUUUCAGGGUAUUUCGGUCAUUUCAUUUGCACUUGUCUGCCACCAUAACACGAUCUUCAUUUACAAUUCGCUCAAGGAUGCAACGGUUGGAAAGUUUGCUAAGUUAACUCACUGGGCAUGUGGGAUUUCUAUGUGUUUCUGUCUUCUUAUGGGUUUAUCAGGUUUAUUAAAUUUUGGUGACAAUACUAAGGGAAAUGUUCUUAAUAACUUUAAAAGUGAUGACACUUGGAUCAACAUAGCUAGAUUUUGCUUUGGCUUGAAUAUGUUGACUACAUUUCCUUUAGAACUUUUUGUCGUAAGGGAUGUCCUCAAGGACAUCGUGUUAGCCAGCAAAAGUGACCCGGAAUCCAACGGAAGUACAGCACAUCUCGAGUUAUCCGAUAGGCAGCAUUUUAUCAUCACGACAGUUCUUGUAUUCAGCUCUAUGUCAGUGGCAUUAUUUACAUGCAAUUUGGGUAUGAUAUUGGAACUUAUAGGAGCCACAUCUGCAUCACUCAUGGCAUAUAUCAUUCCUCCAUUAUGCUAUUUAAAAUUAUCAUACGAUAGGCUUGACUUUAGGAACGCCGAUAAAAAGGAAAAGAUCAAGUUCUAUCUAAAAAAGUGUUCCCCAGCAUCGCAUGUACAGUUUUUGGUUUUGCUGUAA